CAAGUGGCCAUCUUCGUUAUAAACCAAGCUACCCUAUUAUCCUAAGGUCAUUACCCCUUAAUAGAACCAUUAUAAUCUUUUUGAAAUUGAAAUUCUCAGAGAGACACAGAGAAAGAGAAGAUGGCAGUUGGGUUGAUGGAAGUGCUGCUUGUGAAUGCAAGAGGACUUGGAGACACAGAUUUCAUUGGUCGUAUGGAUCCUUAUGUUGCGGUGAAAUACAAAAGCCAAGAGCGCAGGACCAGCGUGGCCAGGGGACAAGGCGGCAAUCCGGUGUGGAAUGAGAGAUUAAUAUUCAGGGUAGAGUAUCCAGGGUCCGGCGAGCAGUAUAAGCUCACCCUUAAAAUAAUGGAUAAGGACACCUUCACUGCUGAUGACACCAUAGGCGAAGCAACGAUCUAUGUUAAGGAGUUAUUGGAACUGGGUGUGGAGAAUGGAUCAGCUGAAUUACAUCCUAAGAAAUAUAGUGUGGUUGCUGCAGAUAAAAGUUUCCGUGGAGAAAUUCAAGUUGGUGUAACUUUCACCAAGAAGGCAGAACAGGAAUAUGGAGGACAAGAAUUUGGUGGAUGGAAGCAUAGUGAAUCAUAUUCAUAGGGAAAGAAACACUAGGCCGAUGUUUUGUUGUAGUUACUUUUGUGGACCUGCUGGGCAUUGAACCUCCAUGUAGUUCAUCUUUUCUAUCUUAAUUGUUUACCUUUUAACAUUUGAAAUUCAGAUGGCGAAACGAAAUGAUGUGAUCGA